GGCCGUCUCGAAGUAUCUGUCACAGAAGAAAGCUCAGUUUUAGUUGUGGAUGCGUUGUGUUGUGUUGUGUCUCUCGUUUUCAAGUAAUUUAAUUCAACUCAAUUCUGAAAAGAAUGGAAGCUGCAAAGCCAUUGAUAAACGCUUUCAGAACAAAAUCAAAGCAGGCCACGCUGCUUUGGCUUGAGGGCUUCAGAGAGGCCUGUUGCCUUCACCGUGUCCUCAUCCUCUGCCACAGGUCGAGAAAGCUUUUGAUACGUACAGGACAGUGUUUUCUAUUGAAUGGCUUCAUUUUCUUGGGAAGUAUAAUUAUCCUUAACUCAGUCAUCGUCCCAGCUCUACACUGGAUAUUACCUGAUAGGUGCCCGGAAUUUAGUUCUCAAGAACUCUGCUCAUUUGGUGGUAUAUUGAAAUUUUAUUCCUUCUUACGUCUUGGGCUCAUACAAAUCUUUUAUGUAACUUGGUUCUACCCAUUGUAUGUAUUCAGCAUUAUCCUGAGCAACAUCUGGUACAAUGACAUUGCUAAGUAUGGAUUUGCUGCAAUGGGGAGAUCUGGGCCAACCACAUUGGAUCCUGUCAGACAAAAUGAGGCAUUGGCCUUACAAAUUGGAGCUGGUACGGAAAGACCUACUGGCCUGGGAGGGGUCAUGAUUGGAAUAGGAGAGCAGGUGUACUCAUUACUUCUUUUGAGCUGUUUCUUCCUAGAGGUAUAUGUGACAGGCUUUAUACCGUAUGUGGGAAAGGCACUAAAUUUUCUACUUCUUUCCUGGAUGUAUGCCUAUUACUGUUUUGAGUACAAAUGGAAUUUUUCUGAAGUUCGUCUGGACAAACGGCUGGACUUCUUUGAAUCUAACUGGGCUUUUUUUGCUGGUUUUGGAAGCCCUUGUGUUCUGCCUGUUCUCUUUUUCUCGCCUCUUGUGAGCUAUGGUUUUAUGGCAAUACUCUUUCCAUUGUUUGUUUUGACAGCAACAGGUUCAGAGGCUGAGCAAGUUAUUUCUUCUCAAAGAACAAAAUGGGGAGAUGCAGGGUUUGGAAGGCUUCCAAUAUUUAAUGCUGCAGAUACUUUAUCGGGACUCGAACUCAGGUAUGAUGUCUGUUGGACACGUACUGGACAUGUGCAGUAUGCAAAGGAAAAAAAAGAUGAGGGUUUUGUCUCUGUUUCCCCAGGAAUCCCAGGAGCUGCUUCAGAAAAAGAAAGACAGCUAAGAAGCUUGGCUUGAUGCUUACACAAGUUUUAAAUAGAUCAUCAAUUCCACCCAAUUUGUACAUAAUUUAAGUGCAAUGGCUCAAGAUAAAGCAUCAGAAAGGGUUGAUGUUUCCAUUCUGUAUUUGUGAGAAAAACUUGGUUGCAACGGGGAUACCGCUAUUUUGCUAUCCCCGGCCAAUAAUGCUAUGCCAUGUGGACGUGUUAUGACGUGUGUCAUCAUUAUUGGCAAAGGAUAACAAAAUAGUGCUAUCCCCUUUUCAUGGAAGUCUUUCUCGUAUUUUGUACAUACAUAGAAAGUAGGUUUUGACUAAAGGGUUAUCUUAUGUACAGAAUAGUGUGAUGAAAGACCAAUUUCAAUGUUCAAAUUUGACCAAAUGGUUAUAAGUGGUGCUCAGCUUGCAUUACUAUA